AUGGUUAACUACUACGACGUGCUGGGGGUACAGUCCAGUGCCAGCCCGGAGGACAUCAAGAAGGCCUACCGAAAGCUGGCCUUGCGCUGGCACCCCGACAAGAACCCCAAUAACAAGGAGGAGGCUGAGAAGAAGUUCAAGCAGGUGUCCCAGGCCUACGAGGUCCUGUCCGACUCCAAGAAGCGCUCUCUAUACGACCGGGCGGGCUGUGACAGCUGCGGGGCCGGUGGCGGUGGCGGGGCCAGCACCCCUUACAACAGCCCCUUCGACAGCGGCUACACCUUCCGGAACCCCGAGGACAUCUUCCGCGAGUUUUUUGGCGGCAGGGAUCCUUUCUCCUUUGACUUCUGGGUCGCCCCCUUCAACAGUGACCGUGGAGGCCAGGGCCAUGGCCUGAGGGGCGCCUUCUCCAACGGCUUCGGUGAGUUCCCUGCCUUCAUGGAGGCCUUCUCCGCCUUCGACAAUCUGGGCCGCGGGGGGACCGCUAGCCGCACCACCUUCUCAUCCACCUCCUUUGGGGGCUCUGGCAGCUCAGGGUUCAAGUCAGUGAUGUCAUCCACCGAGUUGGUGAAUGGACACAGGGUCACCACCAAGCGCAUCGUGGAGAACGGGCAGGAGCGUGUGGAAGUGCAAGAGGAUGGGCAGCUCAAGUCGUUGACCAUCAAUGGCAAGGAGCAGCUUAAACGAGUGGACAGCAAGUAA